AUGCAUGUGAAGCAGCUCCUUGCCCCUGUCACACAGGAUCAAUGCAGCUUCAUUCGAUGCCUAGGUCUCAACUACAUGGACCAUGCCAAAGAGGCGAAUUUGGAACUUCCCAAGGCCCCGGUCCUAUUCACCAAACCUCGCACUGCGCUCGCUGGCCCCUACCCUGCGACCAUCAACAUUCCGAAGUGUGCUCAAGAUGAGACAAGCGAUUACGAAGCUGAACUCUGUCUUGUCAUCGGAAAGAGUGGUCGCGAUAUUCCUGAAGAGGAGGCCUUGGACUAUGUCUUGGGGUACACAGCCUCCAACGAUGUUUCGGCGCGGACCAUGCAGAUGCUCACUGGACAAUGGUCGUUUUCCAAGGGUCUUGAUGGAAGCUGUCCGAUUGGACCCGUACUCGUCGCCCCGUCGGUUAUCGAGGAUCCCCAACAGCUCUCUAUCCAGGCCAUUUACAACGGCGCUAUUGUUCAAGACGGCCAUACUAGAGAUAUGAUUUUCAACAUCCGAAAGCAGAUCUCGUAUCUCUCACAGGGUACAACUCUGGAAGCGGGGACUAUCUUCCUCACUGGAACGCCUGCCGGAAUUGGGUAUUUCCGUCAACCUAGGGUGGUUCUCAGGGAUGGCGAUGAAAUUUCUGUCAAGAUUGACCAAAUUGGAACUCUUGUCAAUAAAGUCCGAUACGAGGCUCGUUGA